UAUUGUUGGAAUAAGAUGAGGAAGAGUCAAAAUUCUAGCUGGUGGUUAUGUGUAAUUAAGCACAAAAAUUUUACAUAUCUUUCAAAAAAUAUCAUGAAUUGCAACUGCAAUACAUUAUACACACUAUUAUUCAGAUGUCCUUGAACAACGUUGAAUGACUUGCUAAAAGAGGGCAAAUAGUAGGAAACACAUGUUCAAUUUAAACCCAUUUUUUAUGUGCCAUUUGGCACUGAUGAAAUUUAUACCACCUGAACUGUAAGAGCUCAGUGUUCCUUAGGGGGCGAGAAAGUCUUACAGUAAAUGGGACGGAAGAAGCCCAUACAUAGUGUUUGAACACAGGUCUUCCUCUCCACAUUAAAUCACAGUUUAAUUAUGUAGAAAUGUCUGAGUCAUACAUUACUCUCACGAAGAAGGACCUCCUUCUCCUAACUCCUUUAAAAGGGCACAAACUUGCUCCUGUUGAGAAUUUGUUUGAAAAGAACUUCCUUGCGCAGAGCCAUAUAUCCUCUAUUUAUUUUAUUAUAUUAUUAAGCUAUUUAUAUCUAUUUAUUCCUUAUUUAUCUUAUUUAAAGGGUUGCUUCAUCUGUUUUCCAAAUGUUUUUGUUUCCACACACUUCUUUCUCUUACCUGUGUCCUUUCCUCUUAAUCAUCCCACUUCCUUUUGCUCUAUCGUUUUAUCUAACUGACUCCAACCCACUUUUAUCCUUUAAUGGUCAGGUCAGAGAGGUGCACCUCUACACAGAUAAUCACAGACGAGGGAUGUAUCUACAGAUGACUCUGGACGGGAGAGUGUCAGGAAGUGAUGCUCAGAACCCUUAUAGUGUGCUGGAGCUGAAAUCAGUUAAACCAGGCCAUAUAAUCAUUAAGGGACAGUCAUCAUCUCUGUUUCUCUGUGUGGACAGUGGAGGCCAUUUGAGGGGGCAGAGGCACUACACAGAGGCUGACUGCACCUUCAGAGAACUGCUGCUGGCAGACGGAUACACUCGUUUCCUGUCCUCCCACCAUGGAUCUCCUGUGUCUCUGGCAUCAAAACAUUCCCCAGACCGGCACUCAGUCCCCUUCACUCGAUUCCUACCGCUUAGGAAUACUUUGGCAGGGGAGAGUGUGUCUGAACAACCACCAAACAGUCAGAGAUAUUUCAACAUGGACUCUGACGAUCUUCUUGGAAUGGGUCUAAAUACUAUGGUCAGUCCUCAGUUCUCACUGGACAAGUAAAGAAAAUGGACAAAUAACUGAAGGUACAUUACCUUCUGAAACUGUGGGGUUUUUUAAUCCACCAGGUAGAACCUGCAGACUUGAUUUUAUUAUGAAAUUAGUAGCUUAGUUAUUUUGGUUCUUACUAUGUUUCAGUUGGGGCAAUAUUAAUGUAACUUAUUUAUUUAUUGUGUAUGUGGUAUAUUUUGAUGGUUAUUUAAAGACUGAAUCAUUGUGAGUACAACUUCUGCGAUUUUAUGGUUAGUAGUGUGAAAGCAUGUUUGUGUCUGAGUAAGAAAUGGCUCGUGUUGCAUCAUCUUUUCCUUCUCAAUCGGAUGUGAAUGUAAAGUUCAACAAGCUUAAAAUUGUGCUACUCUGGUGUAUUUACCAGACUAGACUAAAAUAAAUAAAAAGUUUCACUUUUGUUUGUCUUUUCAGUUUUGUUU